UAGAGUGCCGGUCGAUUUGGUUUUGUAGACUCUACAACGUAAUAACAUCAGCACAAUGACAGUUACCUUUCGAUCAAAAAAAGUCUAGUAUACCCUUUGCUAAGCACUGCAUGGACGUCGAUUUGAUCGUUGCUGAGUAUCAACAACCGACUGACAGUUCACGAGGACAUAUUUCACCGACAUAAAACGAGAUGAUAACGUUUGGUCAACAUUAUGCCAUUACCCUAGCCGCUCAUCACCACAAAACAAAACAACUGCAUGAUGAGCAAUACAACCACCAGACUCAUCACAACACUUCGCCUGGUGGUGUAAACAUUUUACUGGGAGGUGUUAUGAUGAGUAGCAUGAUAUUAUUCAUUUUAUGGAUGUGUUAUUGCUGUCGGUGGAAAGAUAACAAGUUUGAAACAUCAUCGUACGUAGAUCAACCACAACCAUAUUGGAUUGAUGUUAACCCUACAACUUACUAUGAAACAUUACAAUGGUCUUUACAACAAGAAUGUUGUGAAAUACCUGAAACAAGUUUUCAACCAGAGUGUUUUCAAGAAAAUCCCCCAAGAUAUGAAGCAGUAAUCACUCCACCACCAAGAUAUGAUGAUGUAAUAAAAGAAAAUUUAAAAAAGAAAAAAAUUAUUUUAGAUAUCUUGGCAAACAACAAAAUGCACACAAUUUGA